AUGGCCUGUACUAUGGAAUCACUGGCAAAGACGAUUUUUAAAGGACUUUUAGUAGCUGAACUUAUGGGCAUUUUGGGAGCAUAUUUUUUGUUUACUAAGAUGAACACGAGCCAAGAUUUCAGGCAUACAAUGAACAAGAAAUUCCCUUUCAUCUUAGAAGUUUAUUACAAAUCCAUUGCGCAAGCUGGAGUGUAUGGGAUCGGAGAACAAGAUCAAGAAAAAUGGCUGAUUAGCAAAAAUGAGGACCAGUCAUCAUGCUCAGCCUCCCAUCUCAGCUGUCUGCCAAAUCUGGAAGAAGAUGUUGGAAAUCAUGACUUGAAAGAAGUGGUCGUCAAUAAAGUGACUCCAGACAGCACUGGAAAAGACAAAGAAAAGACUUGA